CNCUGUCCCGGGCCAAGGCCUCGGAGCUGCACAGCGUGCGGAAGCUCAACUGCUGGUCUCCAUCUGCCGGGAGAUGCCCAGCCUGGAAGUGAUCACCCUCAGCGUCAACAGCGUGUCCACGCUGGAGCCGGUGAGCCAGUGCCGGCAGCUGAGCGAGCUCUAUUUGCGGAAGAACCGCAUCCCCAGCCUGGCGGAGCUUUUCUACCUCAAAGGCCUGCCGCGCCUGCGCGUGCUCUGGCUGGCGGAGAACCCGUGCUGCGGCACCGACCCCCACCUCUACCGCAUGACCGUCCUGCGCAACCUGCCGCACCUGCAGAAGCUGGACAACCAGGCCGUGACCGAGGAGGAGCUGUCCCGCGCAUUGAUGGAGGGAGAGGAGGUCACAGCCCCCAGCGGAGAGGGCACGGGGAACGGCGGGCCUGAGCUGUCCUACGCCCUGAGCGCCACGGACACUGCUGCUGAGACCCAGGAGGCCUCGCUGAGCUGUGGCGAAGAGGAGACCAGCGUCCAGAGCCAGCUCGGCCUGAAGCCACAUUCCCGGGACCGGUUUCCUUCCUUCUCCCAGAGGGACGCCGCAAGCAGUCCCAAGAACAGGAGCAAUGUGCUGACCGCCGUCCUGCUGCUGCUGCGGGAGCUGGACGCCGAGGGGCUGGAGGCCGUGCACCAGACCGUGGUCAGCCGGCUCCAGGCCCUGCACAGGCAGGAGCUGCAGGAGGACGUGGGGUGACCGCCAGCCGAGCUGCCACGCCUUCCUCCCGUGACCCCGUGCCCAAGCACCGGGAGAUAUGGGGUACCUGCCGCAGCCACGCCGCCUCUGGACCCCGGCUGAGUCCCGACAUGCGGGCUGUGUCCCAGGAAGCUCAG